GACUUUGAGAUUGGUCGGCCACUUGGCAAAGGCAAGUUUGGCAAUGUGUACCUCGCACGCGAGAAGACAACCAAGUACGUCGUGGCACUCAAGGUCAUGUUCAAGUCUCAGCUUCAGAAGAACGGCGUGGAGCAUCAACUUCGACGGGAGAUUGAGAUCCAGUCUCAUCUCAGGCACCCGAACAUCCUGUGCCUGUUCAACUGGUUCCACGAUGAGACGAGGGUCUAUCUGAUCCUGGAGUAUGCGCCUCAGGGCGAACUCUACCGCCAGCUUACUUCGGCCAGGCGUUUCACUGACAAGAGAGCUGCCACUUACAUCUACCAGCUCUGCAAUGCGCUCAAGGUCUGCCAUGCACAAAAGGUCAUCCACCGCGACAUCAAGCCGGAAAAUCUUCUCGUCGGCAUUAAUGGCGAGAUUAAGAUUGCAGACUUCGGCUGGUCCGUGCAUGCACCUUCAUCCAGGCGGGCCACCAUGUGCGGCACACUGGAUUACCUGCCACCUGAGAUGAUUGAGGGUGCCACCUACAACGAGAAGGUGGACCACUGGGCCCUCGGCAUUCUCAUCUAUGAGUUCUUGGUGGGGAAGCCCCCCUUUGAGUCGCCCACGACGCAGGAGACGUACCGGCGCAUACGCGAGUGCAGGGUGCAGUGCCCUCCAUACGUAAGCGCCGAGGCAAGGGACCUAAUUGGCAAGCUUCUGAGGAGACGCCCGUCUGAGCGCAUAUCUCUGGACGAAGUCAAGGGCCACCCGUGGGUUGUGAACAACGCAGACACUACAGUCGUAUGCAAGACCUUGUAGAAACGGACGACUGUGGCAAAUGCAUGUAUAUAAACAUGUACAGGCACACCCGGGGCCUCUUGUCGCUCUACUCCUGUAAAAGUGCUUCAGACAUCAGGUAUAUUUCACCAUGUGUGACUUGCACCUCAUCAAUGUGGAGCUAACUUGAAGGCGUAGUAACACUUCAAGCACUAGAUGCACUGCACAUUAGAGUGUGCGUCUCACUUUUUUAGCCACUUUUAUUCUACACAUUUUGACCAUUCAAACUUUGUAAGCUUUUAUUUGAUAUACAAUGGUUCUGCAUGUAUUAAAUGUUUUGAAAGUUUUUAA